GCAUGCUUUUAUGCCGUGCAUAAGCAGCCUAUCCUACAUGUGCGAACUGUAAAUAAGAGAUCUGCAUAAACAUAGCUACUGUGCGUUUUUUUGUGUUUGUUUUUAAAUCAGAAAUACACGCAGCUUUAGAUUUGGGCUAUGUGAGCUUGCAUGCAUCGGAGCAGAAUUCUCACAAGAGAAACACGAGAGCGUCAAUGACAGAUUAUGACAAUACAGCGGACGUAGGUGACCAGUAACCUCUGCCUAGCCCCAGAUGCCUCCCCUCCCUCUUGACGAGCGCAUAGUGGUAAUUCAGCGGCCUAAAAACUUAGGCUUGUGUGUGGCCUCUCCACCAGCCACGUCUCAGUCUUCCUCACGUCUUAACACCCGCAGCGAGCCCCCACCUCGCUUGCUACACUCCCAACUUCCUCCAUCCCAUCCCCAGCCAAUUGCUAACUCGUUGUCCUUGGAAUGCAGGCACAGGCACUUACCCCAUGGGCAAAGAGCCAAGGGCGAGAGAGGCGGCAGUACAGAGGACAGCAGCUGGAUCCCUAGUCACUGUCACAGCAAUGGGACUGUGACUCUGGGUCCCAGGCCUUACACGCACACUCAUACCAUUGACAUCAAAGUAUCAGUGGACAAAGGAGGGCCGCAUUCAGACAAAAGGUGCAGUAGCAGCUUGACUCGAGGUGAAAGCAGCAGAGACAGCAGAGGUCAGAGGGUGGCUUCACACUUAGCUCCAGGGCAAAGUGACAGGAAAUUCAGAGGAAAAUCUACAGAAACCGCUGAGAGGCACCAGAUCAAAGCGCAGUAUAAUAACCACUAUCAGAACAACCUCACAGUGUCACCUGGUGGGGUCUUAGAAUUUGUUCCAGCCCAAAGACAACAAUCUAAAUCUAGGUGGGCAAAAGAGGAAGAGUUGUUAUCAAAUCCACGUUUCACAACUGCCAACUACAGGGACGUGCCUUCUGUUGGUAACAAAGAAAACUCGAAACUGGGAACUGUCCAUCAGCCUCCCAAGCCCCACAGUCUAUCCCACCACCUUAUCUCUACCCCUUCAGCCCAUUCUUCUAUCCUAAACUCCCACUAUCAGGUGACCCCAAACUCUGUCCCCUACUGGUCCCCAUCUUCUUUCCCACACGUCAGUCAAACCCGCUCCUCACGUAUCAGAGAUACACACCCCCAGAUCCUCCACAGCUUGCCACUAUCUCCAACCUCGUCUUUUGAAGGCUUCCCUAGCCCAGAUCACACUUGCACUAUUGACUUUUCUCGUCCAUUCAACUGUGACUGUUGGAGGCUGGUGUGCUGUAGAGGAAGGAGAACUCAGUCAUCUGGCUGCAAAGGGGGUACUGGAAGCCCAUCAUCUUCAUUUUCCCAAGGGCAAAGACAAAGUUCAAAUAAAGUAGGUGACGGUGCCAUGGGUUUGAAGAAAUUAGGAGGGUGUCUGUCCACGGCUUCAACCACAAACACCUCUUCAUCCAACAGCACUGUCUCAGAGUGCCAGACAGGGUUUCCCUUGGGCUGUGCAUCCUGUUCAGGGGAAGGUGGUGGGUUUGAAAGUCCUGCUGCGUUUUGCAAAAAAUUGGUUGGUGGUUGCCUACCCUGUGCCCCGUUCUCCCCUUCUGCUCCCUUGCGUGCUUUACAAAGUUGUGUCAAUGGCUGCAACCCCAAAUCAAGUCAGGCUGGUAGCUCUACUUGUAGUUACUGCAGUAGUGAUCCUAUAGUAGUGACUUUUAACCCACACAGAGGGAAGCCUCCUGGCUUCUACCACAAUGCUGGGGUUCACACCAUGGGAAGGCACCAACAUGAUGAUGACGAUUACAGCGUUCGCACAAUUUGGCCUGAUGAACUUGCAAAAAAGAUGACUCACUCUAAAACGCAACCUAACCAUCAUAGUGUAGGAAUGAGGACAGGAACAGGAAACUCUUACAUGGGACAUGACCGGAGUACCAAUAAUGGAACCAGUCCAGUCAUUCUAGACUGUCGUAAUCUCCUAGAGUAUACCCGUUCUCAACUGACCGACCAUGCAGGGCGACGACGACUCCAGCAAGGCAGGAUGGCAGUCUUGGACUUUAUGGGGUCAGGAAACAAGAGAGACCCAGCUCAAGACUCUCUAAAAAGGCUCUUCAAUAAGGAAGGUGAUGUUGGAAUGGGAAAUGAUGAUGGGCUAGAUGAUAUGUUUCCAAGCUCUCCUUCCCAUCACUCUCUCACUCCUGAGUCUUCACCCUCCUUCUCCCCUCCACCAUCAGCCCCUGGCACCCUGAUCAAGCCCAAACCAAGAGGAAGAGAUUGGGAGGGUGGGCACUCCUUACCAUCUGCUCAGUCUCUCCAUUUGGUCCUUAACUCAUUCAAUAGAGAGCAAGAAGAGGAGAAAAGGAGAGUGCACCUCUCCCUUCCGCUCUCAUCCUCCCUUCCUGCAUCUCUGUCGGAUGAGAGUGUAAUGACUCCAGAUGUGGAGAACGCUGUGAUAAGCCCCAUUCUACCUUUCCUUUUCUUGGGCAAUGAAAGAGAUGCUCAGGACCUGGACCUGCUGCUACGACUGAACAUCAAUUAUGUGGUCAAUGUCACCACGCAUCUGCCCCUCUAUCACCUGGACACAGGUCUGGUACGCUACAAGCGUCUACCUGCUACUGACAACAGCAAACAGAAUCUCAGACAAUAUUUUGAGGAGGUCUUUGAGUUUAUAGAGGAGGCUCACCAGAAUGGCCGAGGUGUGUUGAUUCACUGCCAAGCAGGCGUGUCUCGUUCAGCCACUAUCGUCAUCGCUUACUUGAUGAAGCACACCCUCAUGACCAUGACCGACGCUUAUAAAUAUGUGCGGAGCCGCAGACCAGUGGUGUCUCCCAACCUCAAUUUCAUGGGCCAGCUGCUGGAAUUUGAGCGAGAUCUCAACUCUGGUGUUACACCUCGAAUCCUAACCCCUAAGCUGAGUGGCCUGGAAACACAAGUCUAAAAGAUCUAGAAUAAUAAU